AUGGCGACGGCCUGCGACAUCGCGGCCGACGCACUUGGCAUCUUUCUGGAAGGGCUUCUCCUGCCGUGCGAGACACUUCUCGCCCUCCUCGUGUGUAGCCUCUCGUCCGCCGCGCCGGCGAUCCGCCAUUACGCACCGACCAACAUGGGCACCAAGACGAAUGCCGAGACGCUGCCGGCGACGCUCACGACCGCCUUGCCACGCCUCCACGUGCGGUCGCCGGAAGAAACCAAGCAGUGCCAAGCGCGGCUACCGAUGCUCGACCUCUUCUCCGAACCAUCGUCCUCCGAGACGCUCGUGCGUGGCCUCUCGUACACCAUCGAUGGCAAGAAAGUACGGGCAGGCGACUGCCUCGGGACGCUGCUGCAUGUCGACAUGUGGAAAGCAACCGACGAGAUGCCGGGCCGACAAGACCACAUCGCCGAGCUCGACUUGCGACGCCCACAGAGCCUCCUCGCCUCGAGUGCCAAGGCCCACCCGGACGACACCAUCUUUAUCGUCAAUCUGCAGGUGCCCGGGACACCCUUCGUGCACGUUGUGUCGUAUUGGCGGCUCCCCGCCGAGGGCCUCUCCGGCGACACCAAGUUUGCAGGACUCUUUUCUCAGUUUCAAAGCAACGAACCCGAGGCGCAGGCGUUCCAAGACGCGCGCUUCAAGCUCGUGCCGACGAUCGUCGACGGUCCGUGGCUCAUCAAGGCCGCCGUGCCGCAGAAGCCAGCCAUCACUGGCUCCAAGCUCACGCAGCGCUAUUUCGUUGGCCGCAACUACGUCGAAGUCGACAUGGACAUUGGGUCGAGCGCGAUCGCGUCCAACAUUGUGAGCCUGUGUCGCGGCUACGCCGAGCGGCUGGUUGUGGACUUGAGCUUGACGCUCCAAGGCAAUAGCGAAGCCGAGCUGCCCGAACGUAUCUUUGGAUCGGUGCGCUUCUCGCAUUUGGACCUGGCUCUUGCGACGGCCAUUCCACCGCGGUCACCAUGA